GCAGCAACGCUAAGGCUUCCUACAAUGAGCCUGGCUCUGUUACCACUGAGCUCUGUCUAAUUAUACACUCUCACAGAGAGAGGGAGGUAGAGAGAGGGGGAGAGAGGAGAGGAGAGAGAGAGGGAGUCAGCACAUUAGACAGGAGUAAGAAUCGGCUGGGAAGGGAUAGAGAGUCUGUUAGAGGAGUUGCUUAGAAGGGAUGAUCUGGAGUUGUGAGGCAGGACAAGAAGCAGGGUGUCAGAGACAGGGAAGCCAAGAGGGAGGGAUUCUUUAUCGUACAGAGAGAGCUGGCUGGUGACUGAGUGUAGUGAAAGAGAAAGAGAGGGAAAAAGAGAGCAAGAGAGAUAGAGAGUGAGUGAGAGAGAGAGGGAGAGAGAGAGUGUGAGUAAGAGAGAGAGAGAGAGCGAGAGAGAGAGAGCAAACAGGCGGGCAGGGUGUGAGGAGAGGAGGCAGAGAGAGAGAGAGAGAGUAACACAGGAGGGACGAACAAGUGAUAGUGAGCAAUAGAUACAUAGAGAGAGCGCGUGAGCGAGAGAGGGAGAGAGUGAGAGAGAGACAGCAGAGGGGAGGACGAGGAAGAAAAGGAAGAAGUGAGACAGUGGUGGUAAAGACGUUCAGCAUUCCCUAAACUGGAUAUUCUUACUCGCCUGCCGCGGCUGCUGCCGGAGCCAAUGAGCACACCCUCUGCUGCUCACUACGCACCGCCACACACUGAGGUAAGAGGCCCUUCACAUCGCUGAGGAUCAAGCAGCGCUCCGAACCGGGAUGCGGCGCGGCGGCCCUCCCCUCUCUCCGCGCCCCUCCUUCUCCCGUGAGGCCCAUGUGACCUAGCCGUCACCCUACACACACGGGGGCCCCCACCAUCGCUGGAGCCCAUCCAUGAAUCCCAGCCCCGACCGCGGCAAAGAGUGCCUCCCUCCCAAGAAGAGGGAGUCCCGGCAAGGAUCGGCGGAGCAGCACGCCCCCCCCGCCGACGACUUCAAGCCGCCCGUUCCCGUGCGGAGCCGUCCCGGCGGGGCCCGAGGGGAGGGGGGCAGGGACCCCAACGACGGCGGCGGCCGGCUGCUGAUCAAACAGAACCGCCACGUCCUGACCUCCCCCCCGCCCUUACCCAUCCCCGCGCCCAGCGUCCCCCUGCCCCUGCCAUGGCACGUCCCGUACCCGUCCCCCUUACCCCUGUUCCCGGGGCACGUGGGGGAGAGGAGGGGGUCCGGCUCGCCCUCCUGGCGGGACGACCCUCUCUCCUCCCCGCUGUCCAACCAUUCCAGGUGGCUCCGGGGCGACGGCGCGCUGUCGCUGCAGGCGCCCCAGACCUCGGCCGCCUCCUCGCCGUCCUUUAAGACCCCCUACCCAAGCGACACCCGGGAGAUGUGGUCCUACUUCAACAGCGGCCAGCGGGACUACAGCUCGCCCCUGUUCUCCCCCCCCCAGCUGUUCAGCCACCCUCCGCUGUUCCCGCCCGACGCCGGCCUGGCCGACGCCCGGGACCGGUACCUGGUGAAGCGGCCCAACGGGCUGGACGGGCCGGGCAGCAGGACCGCCUCUACCUCCAGGCUGCCCACCCUCUCAGGGGACUAUGUGAAUGACAGGACCAGGAUAAACCUCAGUCCCCACGGGCCUCACGCCAACGGCGGCAGGAGGCAGCAGGAGGAGCUGUCGGGCCGCGCCCCCUCCGGGGGAGUGUUCUUCCCCAACUCCCUGCCUCAGGAGAGCCCCGAGAUACAUUCCUCGCUGCAGGACUCCAACCUGAUGCUGAAGACCAGCCCCGGGCUGUUCUCCGCCAGUCCCAACCACCUCGGGCCCGACCCGAGGGCGGAGAGGGGAGGCCUGCUGGAGGCCCUGGGCGUCCCCCCGGCAGAGGCCCAGAUCUACUACUCUCUGGGCUCUGUGCAGCAGAGCGGCCUCCAGCCUCAGGCCCAGGCCUUUCCCUUCUACACCCCCUCAGAGACACCGCUGUACACCCCGCUCAAGGAGCCCGGCCUCAGGCAACACAGCAUGGGCAGCUCCCCUCUCUUCUCCCACCGCCUGCCCAGCAAUCACGACAGGUCACAGAAAGAGCAGGAGCCCGACCACGGGAGAGACAGAGAGCGAGAGUCCCUGUCCGCCCUCAGACAGAGGGAGCACAACGCAGCCGAGAGCGAGAGGCUCAGGGAGAACGAGGCCGAGCGGGCGAGGGGCCACGACAAAGAACGAGAACGAGAGGGGAAAGACGCGGAGCGGGACGGAGAGCACGAGAGGCGGCGGACUCGGGACAGGAUCCGAGAGCGGGACAGAAACAGAGCGAGGGAGGGUCAUCAGGCCUCGACCCCUGCCACUCAGCCAUCCCCCCCUGCCUUCCUACCUCACUUCACUAAGGGUUCCCUUAUUGAGCUGGCCAGCGGGCGGCUGAAGCGCGUGGAGGAGCUUCGCACGGAGGACUUCCUGAGGAGCGCCGACACCUCCCCAGAGUUUCACCUCAGCACCUGCACCGUGCUACUCAUCGCCCCUGGCAACGCACAUGGCUUCAAUCACCUACAGGUUAACCUCAACGACCGCAACACUCAGGAGUUACUGAAAGUCUUGGAGGAGUAUCCCUUCUUUGUGCGCGACCGGGGUUGGUCGUCGUGCUGUCCGCCGCGCACCGCGCAGCUGUACGGCCUGCCAUGCCGGCAGCUGGCCGAGGGGGACGUGUGCCUGGCCCUGACCCCCACGCCCGCCCCGCCCGCCCACCGGACACACGCCACCUCACGCUCCAGCUCCAGGGCCCACCGCAGCCACCCCUCUUCCAGCGCCGGAGGAGAGUCCAGCAGUUCCCCAAGGGAGCAGAUGCCCCCUCCGCCCCCUCCUCCGCCUCUCCUCCACCACCAACACCACCACCACCACCAGAACCAUCCGCCUCCCACUGUUCCGCCACUCCCUCCUCCUGCUCCCGCUGCACCGCCUGCCGCUCAGGUGCAGCAACAGCCACGCAAGAGGCGCUGGUCGGCCCCAGACGCCAUGAAACUGAUGGGAAGGGAUGAAAGCCUCCUGGAUUUACCUCAAGGCUCUAAGCAAAUGAAGUGGCAGUAGAGACUUGCAUAUGCAUACAUAAAGAUGCUUGCCUACAUGCACACAAGCAAACACACGCACUCACACACACACACACACACACACCCUCCUUGUCUCUGUUGCACCCAACAAGACAUACAAUGGAGUGAACUCAAGGCAGGGUUGCAGGGAAGAAAAAGAAAAAAAAGACGAAAUUGAACAUUUGCAAUUUAUCGUUGUCGACACUGCUGCCCAAAGUAUAGACUCAGUCAGUCCAGUCGUAUCUAUUCCUAGGAAGUGAGCUUCUCUCUCCUUUCCCCUCUCUCUCUCCCACCCCUUCCCCUUCCCUUCCUGCCCUUUAGUUUGGUAGAGACCUGUAGGGCGCAGCAGUAGAGUACCGCGGGUGGGCUUCCCCCGAGACACACUGAGACAUUUAGUAAGACAAUCAAGCACUUGUCUGUGUUCACUGUUUUGUAAUGGAUGUCCCAAAUGCCUACUUACGGACAGUAUUUUCUGCAGGGUAUCGAUUUUCCGGCAGUGUUAUUAAAUACUGUAAAUGCUAUUGAAGAAGUGCAGAUAUAUAAAUGAAGAAAAAAAA